AUGAAAUCUGCUAUAAAAAAUAUUAAAUCCAUAAGGAAAGGGUUUAAUAACAAGAAUUUAGACAACAAAGAUCCUGUAGAAGUAUAUUGUCGAAUUAAGCCUCCUUCAACCGAUGAUAUUUGUUGUCAAUAUAUUGAUGAGAAAAAAAUAUUGCUAUAUCCUCCAGAAAAUAUUCAGAAUAUAAGAAAUGUCAAUAUUAAAGAGUCAGAAUAUACCUUCACCAAAGUGUUCCCACCAGAAGCUAAACAAAAAACGGUGUUUAGAAGUGUAGCAAAGCCACUAGUACAAGACUUAUUAAAUGGGAAAAAUGGUUUGGUGUUCGCGUAUGGCGUUACGGGGUCCGGCAAAACCUACACCAUGAACGGGAAAUCCAACGAUGAGGGGAUCUUGGUUAGGUGCCUCGAAACGGCUUUCGAUAAUUUGAAGGAUCUUCAAACGGAAAGAUUCGUUUUCAAGCCUGACAAAAAUAACGGCUACGAUAUUUUAUCCCCGUCAGAAGUCCUCUACGAGAGGAACAAAGCCUUGCAAUACUCCUCUUCCAAUUACAAUAGCCUCCCUAAAUUGCCCCUGGCGACUCCUAGAAGAGCUAUAAGGGAAGAAUUCUUUACUUGCCUUUCGCCCAACACCACGAUGCUGCAGGAGGUUUGCGAGGAUAACGCCUACGCCAUUUUCGUAUCCUUCGUGGAGAUUUAUAACAACUACAUUUACGAUUUACUGGAGGACAUUAGCUUGGACCAGAUUAACAUGAAAACCCAAAUAUCUAAGACUUUGAGGGAAGAUUCAAAUCACUCAAUUUAUGUUAGUGGCUGUACAGAAGUUGAAGUAAAAAGCACGGAAGAGGCUUUAGAAGUCCUGUAUAAGGGCAUCAAAAAGAAACGCAUGGCGUGCACGCAUCUAAAUACGGAGAGUUCGCGGUCUCACUCGGUCUUCAAUAUAAGAUUGGUUCAAGCCCCACUGGACCCCACCGGGGAAUACGCUAUAGAGGACAAAUCGAAAAUAUGCAUGAGUCAACUCGCUUUGGUGGAUUUAGCCGGGAGCGAAAGAACAAACAGAACUAAUAAUGUAGGGGAUAGGCUUAGGGAAGCAGGAAACAUCAAUUCUUCACUUAUGGUGCUGAGGAAUUGUCUCGAAAUUCUACGUGAAAAUCAGAAUUUGUUGAUGAAGGAAUCCUCUAAGGAGACUCCCAAUGGGCAAACAUACAGGAUGGUUCCUUACAGGGACUCGAAGCUGACACAUCUCUUUAAGAACUAUUUUGAGGGUCGCGGCAAAGUGCGCAUGGUAGUUUGCUUGAACCCCGAUGGGAAAGAUUUCGAAGAAAAUAUGCAAGUAGCGAGGUUUGCUGAACUGACCCAAGAAGUCCAAGUGAGCCGAGCCCUGCCUAUCUCUAUCGACACAGGGCUUACCCCUGGUCGGGGCAAACUGGCCAAGACCCGGCUUAAAUGGGAUAAUUACGAUAUUCUCAACGAGUAUAUGGAGGAAGGCGAGAAGGAACCUGAAAUGGAGGACGACUGCGAAUAUAAAAUAGCCACACCAGCUACAACGCCUCCCCCGGAGUUUGACCUAGGUCCUAACUUGCCCAGCCUGGAGUUGAUUGGCAGGGAUCUCAAUAUGAUAAACGCUUUGCGGAAUACGUUGAUCCAAAAGAAGGAAAGCGUAUCAGCCUUCCACCGCUUGACGUUAGCGAAUUUUUCCAAUUUACAGGGAGGUAUGGGCGAGAAAGAAUUGAACAAAUUAAAAAAAGGGUUCGAGGAAGCCAAAGCCGUGAUUCUAGAAUUGGAUCAGCAGAACAUUUCCCUGCAGUCCAGAGUACAAGAUCUCCAAAAAUUGAAUACCGGUUUGAGCCGGAAGUUGACUUGUUUGGAUAAAUCUCACAAGAAUUUCGAAACCAUCUUGGACGAAAACGAAUUGGCCAGGAAGAAAAUGGAAAAAGACAUGGAACGGCAGAUGAAAGCUAAAGAGAUCGAAAUGGAAAAUUUGCUAUGGGCUAAGAACGAGAAAUUGAGGCACCUGAAGCAAAUAGUUCAAGAUGACGAUAAAAUGUGGCAAGUAAAGAAGGAGGUAGUUGAAGGUGGCGACUACGAAGCUCAGAGCGACGUUGAAGAUGAUCAACACGGUCCUAGGGUAAAGCGUUCAGCCGCAUGCGAGAACGUUUUACAAGUCAAUGCUCCUCCAACAUGCGGAAUUCGUGUAGAAGAGUCUCAAAAAACUACUAUCACCAACAAUCUGGCACUGCCUUAUAUUCCUCCAAAAAAGACUGCUUUAAACAACCAUCCCCUCAAAAGCCUUAACCAUUACCUAACGGUGCCCAAUCAUCCGUAUUCUAGUGCCAAUCCUAAAAGCAGCAACAUCAGAAGCGUAAUGAUGAGUGCUCAAUCGACCUCCAAACAACCAGGCGGUAUUAAUAGACUAGCAGGGCACGUUGCCUCGGUAGCUAGAAUGUAUGACGCGAAAGUUGCUAAUUUAGUGAAAGGAGGCGUACCAGUGGCUAAUUUCAGACACAGGCGGCGCUCAAAAUCUGUUAAUGACUUGAAAUACUUGGAGCAUCGACCAAAAUAUCAAAGCAAAACUAACGAUGUUCUUAGGCCUAGAGUCAAAAAUACGACCACAGCGCAUAUCUUGCAAAAGAAGGAGCUAAAGAAAUGCGACAAAUACUUCUUGAAUAAGCAAGAACAGGAUUCUCAAACUGGGGACCUUCGGACACAAAUUUAUAAAGGUGAUGUCAUUGCCACACCAUCUGGCGGAAAUUCAAUUAUUUUCGACGAUAUUGAAGUACACACCCACGAGAAAGUAGAGUCCGACACAUCUAAUAGCAAGAAAAGGCUUUAUCCCGAUCUCGACGCACAUUGUCACAGGGAAGACACGUUGCAGAAACUUUUGAGUGACCCGGAUGGGGAAAGUCAUAUGAUAGAUUGGGAAGAGGACAACGAAGGAGGUGAAAAACCUAACAAGACGAGAAAUUCCAAUCCUUCCAUCCUGGUUAACAAGAAUGACUCAAAAUCGAAAUCUAAUUCCUAGACCGCAGAAAACUCGUUUCUAAAGCAUCCAUCUCUGACAACAACCAAAAAAUUAUAAAUGAAUAAACA